AUGGAUGAUUUUCUGAAUUUUCUUGGAUCACCUUGUUCAUCGAUUAAUCAGUUGAAAAAUGACUCAGUAGCAAUUAUUAAAAUACAAAAAUUCGAUAUUUCGUUCAAAGAAAGCGAUCUUUUAGAAUAUAUUAAAACAAAUUUGAAAGAAAUCGAAUAUUACUUUAGAUAUCCAGAUGAUUCUAGCUAUUAUCUGACAAUUGCAUCCAAAUCUAAACAGCUAUAUCAAUAUGCUUUUGAAAUUCUCAAAAUAUUAUCAACACAUUUCAUACGAGCAAAUAUUUACAAAUGCAACAUUGAUAACGAAUUACUGAAAUUGAGAUUACAGCAAGUAUAUGGUACACACACAGUAGAAAAAGAUGAAAAAUCAAAUGAUCAAGAAGAAUCAAUUCCUAUACCAGAUGCAGAAGAAGCAGAUAUUCCUCCAAGCCAAGAUGUUCAAAAUCAAGACCAAGAUGCACAAAUUGAACAGUCAAAUGAGAAAACUGCUGAAGUAGAUACAAGAUCUUCAUUAGAGAAAUGGAAAUCCUUAAAUAAUGUCUCAUCAGCAUGGGAUGACACUCUUUUUGAAGUUUUACUUAAAGAUAACAAAUGGAAAUUAUUCCAAUCAAGUAAAAUUUCGAUUCCAACAAAGUACAGUCUAUACAAAGACCAGGCUAAAAUCGAUUCUUGUGGAUUACCUCAUCUUUCUAAAGAGCAAUGCGAAGAAAUUUCCUUGGCUAGUUCAAUUUUCGAUCCAUUGUAA